AAUCAAACUUCAGUAGCCUUUUGAUAACGUACGUAUCCCUAUGUCAUUUUAAGCAAACUGCAAUGUAAAGUAACUUUUUUGGCUAACGGGCGUCGGUUCUUUAUUAAACAUUUGAGACCACGUAAAUAUGAAUAGUGUGAUGGCUUGUUCUUGUAAGAUUUAGUUAUUCUUAAAAUAACUCAGGAGCAUCACUUUUCACUAAAACGAGUACUGAGUCUGGUACUAUCGGAGCGGACUACCACUACCGUCGAGCUGUUGGGUAAUCCCUUAUGCCUUAUGAUUAUGUUAACGCGUAAAUAGUAAAGUUAUAUAAGCGGACUAGACUACAAUUGUUACUGACUAGUAGUACUAGUUACUAGGAGACUAUUAACAGUAACUAGACUACAAAAUCCGGUAAAUGCAAAGAGAUGACGGCCCUGUAAAAAUAAAAUAACUCACGUUUGCAAAAAUUAGGAAUAUGAUGAAAAAAAUUUAAUGAAAAAAUUUAAUGAAAAAAUGUCCAUAAAUUUCAUGGUGAACGUGGCUAAUUUAUUGUAUCCGUCUAGAUAUUUGGCAAGAUACGUGAGCAACCUGCAGUUGCUCUUUUUCUUCACGUAAUUUAGUCGGUACAUACACAUAAUAAUUCACUGUCACUAAACCUAACCCGAACCCUAAAUGUAUCCCUAAACCUAACCUGAACCAUAAAUGUAUCCCUAAACCUAAUCUGAACACUAAAUCUAUCCCUAAACCUAACCCAAUUCCUAAAAGUAGCCCUAAAGCCACAAGUUAAAAACAUGUGUGGCUAGGACACUAUAAAAAUGAAGAAAAACAAUAAAAAAAUAAUUGUAACAUAAAUAAAUAAUGAAAACCCAACUAAAAGUUUCAAAGAAUACACUUUUACACACUUUAUUUCAGGUUCCACCGAAAAGAAUAUCCAGAAAAUGAAUAAAAUACAAUGACGUCCAUGCCAAAUGCAUUUUCAAAUAUGGCAGAAAAAUUAAAGUAUUAUAAUUACCCGACCAAUGAAAUUUUAAAAUUAAUAAUUGAUUAACCAAUAAAAAUUUCAUUAAAACAUGCCAUCGUCAUAUUAAGGAAAAUUUAACUCUGUUAAAAAAAAAAUAAGGGGAGUGAAUCCAAAACAGAAAAUUAACAAAACAUGUAAAUCACGUCAUUGUGACAUCUCUUUGCAUUAGCCCAAAAUCCUAUUACUAUUACCAUUACCAUAAAUACGAAGUGGCUAUUCCGACCAGGAAAAGAGUGAGAGGUUGAGUUUAUUAAAAAAAUAUUUAAAAUAUUAUUGUUGGGUUUGUAAGACAACAUUUGGUAUCAAAUGAAAGGGGGUUGGAGAAUAGCACCCCCCCCUUUUUUUUUUGCAUACCAUAUUUUUGGGCAUAUAAUAAGAUGCACCCAUAUAUUAGACACAUGCUUGACGAUGUGUGUAAAUUUUUUUUUUACAUAACAUCCACCCGUAUAUAAGACGUGGGUUUUGAUGAUUUGUGUAAACAAAAAUUACAUAAGACGUCCACAGCCUAGCCAUUAGCCGCACUGAGCAAGUUAUAAUUUAUAUCCAGUGGUUUUCUUUCCUUUAUCAUAAAUGAAAAGUUGUCCAAUGUUUUAUCACCCGUCGGAUGUAAAAAGGCUUCAUUACCAUUUUUAGUUGUCUGAGGUAGGACCGAAAAGAUUAUUGUUUAUUCUUAUCUUCCGCCUGGCAAACAGUGGAUGAGUUGAGUACCUGGUAUCUAGAUUCUAGAAAAAAUAAACACCAGAUUGAUAUACAAUACAUUGAAAUAAUAGGAUUUUAAAUUUUAAGUUGCCUGCAUUGGUACAUGUAGUGAUUACUGAACACUUACCAAAUUGUUUUUACAACUAGGAAUUAAAGUUGUGAAAUAUGAAUAUCAACAGCAAUAAUUUUCUUUCACUAUCACCCACUGUACCGUUCGUUCAUGUUAAAAAAUGCUUACAGUAUUUUUGCUCAUAUAAGACACACCUAAUCAUAAGAUGCAGGUUUUUGUUAUGAGAAAAAAUGUCAGGUUUUAGCAAGAAAUUGAUCUCUCACUCUAAAAUAUAUGGAACAGCACAGCCACCCCACCACUCGAUCAAUAUAUGAAUUUUAAAAACCAAAAUAAAAAUUAAAAUAUUCAUUUCAUUUUUUGAAUAAUCACAAGAAAUGAUAAAGUAAUCUGAUAAAAAAGGGAAAUAUUUUGUUACCGUAGGAAUAUUAUUAUUGAAUAUUUGAACUUAUUUUUUGUGUAUGAGCCCUUUUGUAAAUUGAAUAUUUGCCCCCCCUAGCUAAAAAAUCUGGCUGUGCUACUAAAAAAUUAAAAUAUUCAUUUCAUUUUUUGAAUAAUCACAAGAAAUGAUAAAGUAAUCUGAUAAAAAAGGGAAAUAUUUUGUUACCGUAGGAAUAUUAUUAUUGAAUAUUUGAACUUAUUUUUUGUGUAUGAGCCCUUUUGUAAAUUGAAUAUUUGCCCCCCCUAGCUAAAAAAUCUGGCUGUGCUACUAGUAGACUGUGUUACUAUAUACAAUUUUAAUGUAUGUCUAAACGAGUCUAAUUCAGAUGAAACAACGUAAAAGAGUUAGAGUUUUUAGUUAAGCUUUAUAUUUAGUAAAGCAACAAAAAUGUGGAGGUAUAUUUUAGCCCCAAGACCAAGCUUAAACUUAGUAAUGCUUACUAGAAGUCUGAACUAUGCCAUGCUCAUGCUCAAUAUAACAACUUUACUUUCAACAACAGAAAAUUGUUAGAGGAACAUGGAGACAACUUCCGGAGAAGUAAGUAACUGGUGCAACGCUAAGAUCUUAUGUUUUAUACGUUUAAAAUAAUUAUCAAUAUGGAACCAAAACCUGCCCCUAAAGAUCUGCCCAGAUGUUAUACAAUCGCUAAAGUCAACUGGGGAUCAUAUCAUUGUGAUUUAUGCUAUUUUACAAAUAUUCUUUCAUUUGAUUACCCAAUCCCUUCUUGCUUUCUUCUAUAGCAACCUCUCUCUCUCUCAUCUUGUCUUCCUAAAAUAUCAAAUCUAUGGUUCACUAUGUUGACUCCAGUGAAACCAUUAGCUUUGAUAUGUGCCUUUCAGAGUACAGAUUUCUAAAUGUCUUUCUAUCUUUUCAAUUCUCUUUUUUUCUUUUUUUUUCUUUCAUUAUUUAAACUGUAUGGUGUCGGUUGAUGAAGACUUCUAGCCUACAUAUUCUAAAUAAUAUUUUGUCUCAAGUCAAGUUACACCCUUGUUGUAAUUUAAAUAGUUUUCUUAACAUGUUUGAGUGUAGUUUUCUUCUGAAAAAUUUGGAAUCCUGUAUAAAGUGUAUUUCUUACAACUUUUAUCCUAUCUUCAAACUGUAAAUGCACCUUGUUACGCAUUUUUUAAUAAAAAUUUUGCCUUGGAGAUGACAUUUAUAAUAUAUUAUAUGGUUAGGAUUUUGUAUCUGAAGGUAAGCAAUCACUACGGACCAAACCAUUAUAAAUGUUUGAACCACAAGUAGGUAAAAAUUGUAAAAACCAAAAACUUUUAUGUUUGUUAUAAGUAUAAUUCAUUGUCACACUGUUUAUAAAAUCAAUAAUAGGUGAACAGAUUUGCUGAAGAGCUCCAUUGGUGUAUUACCCAGCUAGAAGUUGGCUUACAACGUCAAACACUUGACCCAAAACAAAGUAAGCAUGUAGUCUAUUUAUUCUUUUAUCAUGACAGUAAAAAUAAUUUUGACUUUUAAAUACAAUUUGACAAGAAAAUAUUCAUAGGUCUUGAGUAUUUUAUCAAAUCAAUUUUAAAAACAAAAUGUCCUUCACAAGCUAAUAACUAAAAUUUUAUUGAAAUCUCUCUUUUUUUAAAAUGGUUAAAAUCAUAACAUUUGUAUUUUGAAACAUGUAGUUAUUUUAGUUUGGAGAGAUUAAUGCUUUGGUUCUGUCAAAUAUUUCUGCUGAAGAUUUUGAUAUGAAUUUAAUUGUUUAAAAAUGUGUUUUUCCAGUUGCUGAGACAAUCAAGAUUUUAAAAAUUCUUAAAAGCUCCAAAAGUCCUAUGGUUAAAAAAAGGCAAGCUAUGCGGAAUGCUCUAGGGGACUACAGGAAGAAAAUGAAACAAGAUGAAGCAAAGACCUUGUCAGGUGAAAAUCAAUUAAAGUUUCUCAUUAAACAUGCACAGUGAAAUAAUGUUUAGCCUACACAGUAGUUAUAUUUUUAACCCUAUAACUGUGAUAAUAGCCGAUCAUUGGCCAUUAAUCCCAUUUCCGUGGUGUGAUGGCUGAUAUAAUCGGCCGCCAGCAAAAUUGUUCUUUCAAAGUGAAUCUCUUUUGGUUAAGGGGAAAUCACUCUAUAUAAAUGAAUUUGCUUUCUAUUUAUGUUUCUGUCUGUGUGUUAACAUGCUUUUAUCAGGGCAUUUUGUGUGAUUAAUCGGGUGUGACAUUUGCUCGAUUCUUUUGACCGCCAUAAUGUUUGAUGGUGGAGAGGGUCCCCCUCUAGAUUGGAAAAUCAACAGACUUUCUCAGUUGGAAUUAUUUCAAAUGGAUUAAAAUGAAAGCAAUGCUUUCAGAGAGAGUCUAAAAGCUAAUAAUGACAGUAUAGCUCUAGCAGUCAUGGAAACAUAAGAGUCAAAUAUUGACAAUUUUAGCUCAAAGUUUAGUCGUAAAAUCACAGUCCAAAUUUGUUUGGGAAAGGGUGGAAAUGGAACAGAAAAGAAAAUGAUUGGAUCCCAAGACACCUACCCUAAAGAUAUAUAUGUUUGUGUAUGUUCUUGAGUCUCAUUUAAUAACUUCAUUUGAAAAGGAAUUUUUAAACUCAUAUCAUGCCUUUCCCCUUGUAUUUUGUAUGACAUAACUUUGAAGGUAUUGAAUGAACAAAAUUCACAGAUAUUUUAAUUACAAUUUUCAAUUACCUUUAACUUGACAUUUUCUGAAAAUUUGCUUCUAGUAUCUCAAAAACUUGAUUUUAUGAUAGUUUAAACAAUUUAUGGAUAAGUUGAAUUCAGAAGUUGAGUAGUAAAAUUUUACUCAUGUGUUAAAGGUCAAAGUCAAAUCAGCACACCUAAUAUAAAAACAAAUUCUUUUCAUACCAUAAGAUACCUUGUCCAUUGUACUUUUAGAAAAUGUAUACUUGUAAGGGUCUCUGAAAUCAUUUGGUAUGGGAUUUUGUCAUUUUGACAAGCAAAUGAAAAUGCUAAAAUUGGCUUGACACUAGAGAAAAAUGCAUGUGACAGUUUUAGGAUUAAUUUAUUGAGUAAAACUAAUUAGCUUACUUGGUGUACUAAAUUUGAUCUAUAAUGACAUCAGUACUUUAAGUCAUGAAAAUAGGUUAAUAAUGUUUUAGGUCUACAGAAUAAAUUGAUUAGGAAAAUACAACUGAUUAGCAAAUAAUGGUCAAAUAAUAUUUUUUAGUUUAUUGAUGUUGAUAUUUAUUGAUAAAUUGAUGUACUGUGUAAUGAAUAAUAAAGUAACAAAAUUGAUGUGUCAAAUCUUUCUUUUUAAAAAAUAUAUAUAUAUCUUUGACAACUUAGGUUUGAGACACUCAAAGUUUCAACCACUUGGAAAUAGCAAGGUCUUCAGUAAAUCAAAAUUCAUUAAACAAAGUCACACAAAACAAAAGAAUGGUGUUCUGGGGAUCAACCUGACUGACCUGACAAUAGAUAACACAGAUAAGUCACCUCAUCAAUUAUCUGACAACACCCAGAUAUCGGCAGUUCUGUGUCCUGAAGAUGAAAGUCUGGAUGCCGGCGUAAUGAUGCCGUGCUCCAGUAAAUCCCAUCGCAAUGCAGUCUCGUUCAAGUUCAUCCCUUCAGACAAUUCAUACUGCUUUGGUUUUGACAGCAAACCCACUGAAACGUCAGUUCAUGGCCAGGGAGUCACAAACCAUGCGAGUGAGUAUGGUGGCAGAGAUGUUACACGAGGUCAUGACAGCACUAAUCUUGGUGCAACCGAGGCAAAGGUGACUCAAAAAAAAGGGAUCAAUUUCUACAGCUAUGAACAUUCUUCAAAUGACUUUAGUUUUAACUUUGAAACACCUAUCAAUACCUCUUAGCAGAAUUAUGAAGAACUAUUUAAUUUUAGAUUAUACUGUACUUUAUUUUUAUGAUCCAACCUUAUUACUUGUUAUCUGAUAUAACUGAAUGCAGUGAUAAAUACAUCUGUACUUUAUAAAAGAAAUACUAAAUAAGUCUCAAAAAGUCAUUGUAAAUAAUGUAUUUUUAAUACAUUCUGCAAGUAAUUUGGUACAGUGCCACAAUAUUGUAUUGUAUUUCACUCAUUCAUAAUUUAAUACAGAUAUUAUAACCAUUUUGUUUUGUGUCUAAAUGUAUUAUCUACUUGUUAAAGUAUCAUGCUCUAUUGACUGUUAACACUAACUGAGAUUUAGUUGGGCUGACAGUUACAUGAUUUUCAAGUAACCAUAAACACAACUGAACAAAGUAA